AAAUUGUAUUGGGAACACACGGUUUGCUCCGGCAUAUCCCCUGGACCCUACGUCUGAAAUUGUCAUUGAAACAGCCUAAUCGAAGCAAAAAAUUACCAGUGAAACAGCCUUAUCGAAGCAAAAAAUGAGCAUAGUGCCGAAAGAGACAAUAGAAGUGAUAGCACAGAGCAUAGGAAUAAGCAAUUUAUCACCGGAUGUCUUGCCUGCUCUCGCCGCCGAUGCCGAGUACCGUAUUCGUGAAAUUAUGCAGGAGGCUAUUAAAUGUAUGCGCCAUUCGAAAAGGACUACUUUAUCUACUGAUGAUGUUGAUUCUGCACUCACUUUGAGAAAUGUGGAGCCAAUAUAUGGUUUUGCUUCAGGAGAUCCCUUGCGGUUCAGGAGAGCUGCUGGGCAUAAGGAUUUGUUCUAUAUCGAAGAGAAGGAUGUAGAAUUCAAAGAUGUGAUCGAAGCACCUCUGCCGAAAGCACCAUUAGAUACUGCUCUUUUUGCUCACUGGUUAGCUAUAGAAGGGGUUCAGCCUGCUAUUCCUGAAAACCCUCCACUUGAAGCACUUGCUCCGCCCGCUGAUAACCGAAAGGCUGAGUAUAAGGAGGAUGGAGUUCCUGUUGAUCUUAAAAUACCUGUUAAGCAUGUCUUAUCCCGUGAGCUUCAGCUUUAUUAUGACAAGAUUACAGAACUUACUGUGAAUAAAUCUAACUCCCCUCUCUUUAAGGAAGCUCUAGCAAGCUUAGCAACAGACCCUGGGCUCCAUCCUUUAGUUCCUUACUUCACUUAUUUUGUUGCUGAUGAGGUUGCACGGAAUUUGAAUAAUUUUGAUCUCCUUUUUGCUUUGAUGAGGCUGCUGCACCAGUCGAUGCCAUCUGUAAUGACAUGCCUUGUUGCAAAAAGGUUGGGGAAUAAAUUCUCUGAUAACCAUUGGCAACUUAGGGAGUUCACAGCAAAGUUGGUUGCUUUAAUAUGCAGGCGCUACGGUCAUGUGUAUCACAGUCUCCAGCCACGUAUUACGAAGACUCUGCUGCAUGCUUAUCUUGAUCCAACUAAGGCACUGCCUCAGCAUUAUGGAGCAAUUCAAGGACUAGCAGCUCUUGGAUCGGGCGUGGUUCGCCUACUUGUGCUGCCGAAUCUUGAGGCUUAUUUGCGAUUGCUG